UCAACCUUUGCACAACAUUUCUCCAUUUUACAGGCAAAGCAGGACAAAAUGUAGUUCAGGCCAGUGUGAAAUUUGACAGCGGACAGACUGCAGGUGAACUCGCUGAAGCCGGAGGGAACCACACAGAGAGGUGACCAGAGCCUCACUUGACUGCAACAAGAGGACACUGGAUCACAUUUCAACUUGAACACAGGAUGAUAACACUGCCACCACCUUUCACUUGUUACUGAACUUAGCCAUCCCCUGUCACUCAACCUUGCCACCUAGUGGAGCUUUGAAGGUCUAACUCCCUCCUGCUCAACAGAAAACUUCCAGACAACUACCUCCCUCAUCUGGGGAGAUGCCUGCCCUGCAACAUUUCUUUUAGAUCCACUCUGUUAUGUACCUGCUGGAGACAACACAACGCUAAGAGGCUUUGAUCACCAAACAUUGCUUGGUGAAGGAGAACACCUCCUUUCCAGCUUCGGUUUGCUCUCAGUUAGCAGGUAACAAAAACUGCUCCUUGACUGACAUAUGUUCAAUAUGCCCCCAUGAUCCUUGGUUUCAUGUGAGAGUUGAUGGUGCCUCAAAGCAAGAGCCUCCAAGAAGAACGAAUUGAGCCACACAGGACACGUCACUUCUCAAAAGAGGCUGCACAAAUAAGAGCAGAGCCAGAUGGAGCAGUUACCAAAUGGCUCGCUCUCUACAGCUUCACCAUCAGCCACACAAAAUGGCACUUUAAGCGGAGCAGCCAAAUCUAAAUCUCACAACUGGGAGUUCCUGGUGGCUGUUUUGGUCACAGCCAUCUCCAUCUCCAUUCUCAUGGCCCUUCUGGCUAAAUGCCAGGUGGUCCGGCGUUACCUGGCCAGCUACAGGCACACACGGCUGAGGGAGACAGACACCAUCAGCAGCUGUGACCCAACAGGCCUGGAUGUGGGAUUUUCCAUGCAGGGGGGACGUGGAAUGAACCCUCACUGCAUCAAUCCUGUGAGCGAGGAAGAUGAUGAUGGCUUCAUUGAGGACAACUACAUUCCAGCCAGUGAGCGAGCGAGGGCUGAGAGAGCCGCGGAGAACAUGGUGGACAUGGAGGACUUGGAGGACUUGGAGGACAUGGAGGAAGAGAUGGAUGAAAUUGAAUUUACCAUCACUUAGCAGGACUGUCUCUACACCUCCCUGACUGUAGAAGACCCUGAAAAAACCAAUUCCACUCCCACAUCUACUUCAUUUUGGAGAAUGGCUUAAUGCAAGGUGCAUUAUUAUGGAAGUAGCUCUGAAUGCACUGAAAAUCCAUAAAAUUGCCCAUAAAAAUAUGUUUUGUCUGUAAGUAUAUUGGCAACAAUAGCAUUAAUUGUGAUAAUACGUGCCUUCAUUAUAAGAUAAUCAAAAGAAUCAACAAAUCAUCAUGAAUGGAAUAGCAAAAGUUAUUGUUAAUGUUAAAAAAGAGACCUAAGGGUCUUAUGUAAAUAACCAAUCAUAUUUGUAUCUGAGCUGACUGGUUGAUUGAUCAGUAGGGCUGCAACUAAUGAUGAUUUUAAGUAUAGAUUAGUCUGCCAAUAUUUUCUUGAUUAAUCCAUUAAUCGUUUGGUCUAUAAAUUCUCAGAAAGUUGUGAAAAAUGUUCAUUCCUGCUUCUUAAGUGUUUCAGUGUGAUGUAUUUAAAUGUCUUCUUAUAUCAGUCCGAAGAUAUUCAGUUUAAUAUAAUAUGGAUAAAUGCAGGAAAUAUUCAUGUUUGAAAGGCUGACAAUAGCAUUUUCUAGCAAUUUUUGCAUGAAAAUUUUAACAUUACUGAUUAGCAAUGAUCAAAAUGGUUGGUAAUUAUUCUUAAGUCGACUGAAAAAUCGAUUAGUUGACUAAUCAUCGCAGCUCUAUUUGGCAGCACAGGUUAUGCAGUAACAUCAUGUGUUGGAUAUAAGAAGAAAUGUUUCACUAUGCACUGCCAUGUUUUAUCAGUGGCACAUAAGCAAACGUGUUGAUACAGAAUGCAUGAGUGUAUAUAAUGUGAUUAAAGCCGACUCAACACA